AUGAAAGAUGAAGCUCGGAUGGACUGGACACUUGUUCAUCACAUGAGUGGCAAAAACCCGGACAUUGCAAGCGCAGAAGCCAGGGAACCUCUGCCACCAAAUGACCCUGGAUGGGGACCCCCUCCAACCUUACGACGUCCCAGGAAACGGCGAGUCCUUCCACUUUUUUUGCAAGGCCCAUUAGGUAUUACUGCAAAGCUUGAGGCAUGUGCUGAUAGCGGGUCUGAUGAGAACAUCAUCUCCUUAGACGUAGCGAGACAGAUGAAGCUUCAGAUAAGACCCGAGGGAGCCAAGCCAUUUGCACUCGCAAACGGAACGGUUGUUGAAGCAGUAGGGUCAGUAAAAUUGGACUGCGGAUUCGCGGUCGGGACACCCUUACCUUCUGCUACUGUUGCAUGUCUUUUUUACGUUUUCAACACUUUGGCCGUUCCUUUGAUUAUGGGUAUGGGCUUUCUGACUGAGACCAAGACGUUGAGUGAACAUACAGAUCGACUUAUUGAGCAGGUCGUUUCUGAGAUGCAAGCUCUCAAGGUUAACAGUGUUGGAAACACCAAAUGUAGCGCCCCCUGUCGUCUCAAUGAUCUCGCUGGAUAUGCCGUCGUUGACACUGGUUCGGACUUGAACUUUGUGCAUCCAAGGGUUGUGGAAGAGGGCAAGUUCACGAUCGAGCCCGCUUCAGUUUAUGUCGAAUUCGCUGACUGCAGUAUCGGAAUGACCUCCGGUGUCAUCAAUACUACUUUCUCCAUCGGGUGUGAAGAUCAGCCAAAGCUAAAUCGAUCUCUAGCCGACCAACAGUUCUAUAUCUUAGACGAUCUUGACACUGAUAUUCUGAUCGGCCAGGACACUACUGAGGACUUACAAGUCAUGACUUCGCUCCGUGAGGAACUUUCGAUAAUGUCAACAGACUCGGCAGUCAACAUCAUUCGAUUAAAAGGGAAUCUUGAGCAGCGCAUCAGAGGCAUCGGAAGGCGCUUCCGGAAUGUGCUUUCCACGUCCAGUCAGCAAAAAGAUGACUACGCCGACCAGGUAGAUUCUACUGAGCUACAAGCUCAGCGAGAAAAUUCACAAAAGGAAAAGGAACUUCAAAAAGCCACGAUACCACAGUUGUUAUCCGCCAUCUUACUGCAGAAUUCCAAUCAGGAAUCAGAUACAUCUUCCGACCAUGAAUCACAUACAUCUUCCAAUCCACACCAUGCAUACGCACCUUCAAUAGCAGCUACUUAUAACUCCACGGCGACUUCUAUCAUCGAUAGGAUGUCACAUGCCGGGUCGACGCAUGGUUCAUACUCAUGUACUGUCUCAGGGUGUAACGCUACGCCUUUUCGAAAUCAGCACCUUCUCAAUGCCCACAUGGAAAUACAUCAAUCUGCGAGGCCACAUCUUCGUGUUCAUCAUCCUGAUAAGGAGCGGGCCGACCCCGUGCUUCGGGAUGCUUUAGCUUCAGGAAAGCCCCUAAAGUCAAACAGAGGUCGUCGAAGAGAGACACCCAUUAACGCGUUGGUUAGGGAGUUAAAUCCCUUUUAUACCCAGCCUUUAUAA